GAAAAGUACCAAGCCAAAGGCCGAAAACCUUUUAAACUGGUAUUGCAAAUACUGAAGAUACUUAUAGUAACUGUACAGCUGGUACUUUUUGGCUUAAGCAAUGAGAUGGUGGUGACGUUUAAAGAGGAAAACACAGCUUCAUUUAAACACCUUUUUCUCAAAGACUACGAUGAUUCAAAUGAUGCGCUUGCUGUUUACACACAGAGUGAUGUUUAUGACCACAUGUUUUACACAAUAGAACAGUACCUGGCUUUGCCGGAGACGACAGUGGGCCGUUAUGCGUAUGUGUACAAUGUCGGUGUGAACGGAAGUGCGCUGUCUCUGUGUCAGCAGUAUUAUAAAAAAGGCAGGAUCGACCCAGCUAACGACACCUUCAACAUCGAUCCGCAUGUGGUCACAGACUGUAUUGGAGUGAACCCUUUGUCCACUCCCACAGCAGGUCUGGGCCGUGAUUACAGGAACUUCACCCUCAAGUUUCACAAGCUCAUUAAUGUCACCAUACAGUUCCAGCUGAAGGCUAUAAAUCUUCAGACCAUCAUCCACAAUGAAAUU